CGCUACAUAUAGGAUGUCAACGCGGUGGAUGUGGGCUUGAGUUUCAAUGCCCACCUGAGCGUGUUGCGUGAAUUUGUUUAAAACAUUAAUAAACUCGAUAAGCUAUGUCAACGUUUUAAAGAUAAGACCUGCCACAGUUAGCGAUAAAGGUUCGUGUUUAAAACAGCUUGUGACAGGAAGGAAAACGGAUUAUUGAUACAGAUAUCAAGACACUGUUUUGCCUGAGUGAUAUUUUGGAAGUGUAAUGUUGGAUUUUAAAGGUUUCUCCACUCACCAUCGUUCGACAACGGCCCCGGUUAUAUGGCGGACGUAAUGUUGCCUAGCGACGAAACAGCCGGAAUCUUUGGUGGCUCCGACCCGGAAGCAAUAUUCGACUUCAUCACCAUUCGAUCCAUGCAUGAACGCUAUGGAAACAUUGAAACUCCACGCGGAAAAAUCGGCCGCCAUGACAGGAUCACUUAUGAAAACGAGGCUAUCUACCAAAACGAGGCGGAAUUCGAAACUUUUGUUCAGCAGUUCCCCAUCGAUGACUCGAUAGCAGAAUGUUUUGCCACAACGGACGGAGACGCGGAUAAACUCGAUAACAAAUACGUGUCUGGAGGUAAACGACCUCAGAUCUCCACCACGUACAGCAAAAUGAAGAAACGGUUCGGUAAAAAGUCAGCAGACGACAUCAGUCUUAUGUCAGAAGAAGAUCCGAGAUCACGUGAUUUGAAACGAUCCAAGAAAUAUGGCGGUGUUUUUAGCAAGCGUCAUAAAUGGCGGGGUUUUGUAUCGUCAACAAAUAAGAAUACAAGUUCAAUAAGCAAACAAGCACCACAUCAUACAAGACAUACGGAAGACUUUUCUAAACCGGACAUGCAAGUCCGUAGUUUAUCCUCGACGAUAAAUGCCGAGGUUCACCACAUUGACAGUUCCGCGAGUGAUUCGCAGAUAACGUCAUUUUCGGAAACUCUAGCGCAUGCGCACAGUUUGUCGUCUGGAACAAAUACUAACGAGCUAGAGGCAGAAUCGACGACAUCGGGCAGCGUCUUCGAGGACGAGUUUGAUGCUCUGCUGCACGGCAACACCACAGACAUGAUUUCAAGAAUAGAGGAUCUUCCGCCCGAUCAAGUUCUCAAACUUCGCGACCAACGUGGUAACACGCUACUUCAUCGCAGCAUGCUCGUAGGAAAUCCGGAUCUAGUCAAAUAUGUCCUGGAAAAAUUCCCGGAAAUGACGUCGGAUAUCAACGCCGAAAACGAGACAGCGGUGGAAAUGGCAGCGAAGCAUGGCCAGUUUGACUGUCUCAAGGUGAUGUUGGAGCGGUCUCAUAGACGCCACGCGCUCGGUCCCGCGCUCGGUCCCGCCAUGUUGAAUCGUCUGCUCAACGUCUGCGCGCAGCACGGACAGGCGGAGUGUUUAUAUCUUCUGCUGAAUUCUGUGACACGUGAGCCACACAGCGCAUGCGCACUUCCGGGUGACGUGCGCGGUAACACUGCCGCGCAUCUGGCGGCAAAACAUGGACAUGUCCAGUGUUUACACACUCUCGUGGCAUGUGGCUAUGACGUCACUUCCGAGAACCUUCUCCAGCAGCGGCCCCUGCACGUGGCCCAUCAGAGCAGAAGUCAUGUGUGCUUCGAAUACCUACUACUGCUGAACAUGUGCGCACGCAUGUGGGCUUUAUUGCACGCGCAGACGAGACUCAACGCCAGUCUUCUGGAACAGAACGCCAGCUGUCGAGCUUCUAUAGACCACGUGACAAAGUGUCUGAGAAAAUACGAACACUUUUGUAAAGACACUGAACAGAGUCUGUCGGACACUAAACAGGACGUCCUUCAUACCAUGCGAGGUUUACACGACCGUUUGACGUCACUUUCUGACGUCACAACGCUGGACGCGGACGCGGGUGAACAACUCAGGGGCCAGUUGGCGGAACUGACGUCAGAGAUUGAGCUCAUCGAGGAUACGUUCGAUUUCUCGCCGCUUGCCGAUCUGCACGCCUCUUUGCGGAAGUUGGACGCCUCACUGGUGGAAGCGUUAUCCAGCGUCACCGAGAGGACGUCAAACGACCGGACUUACCCGCCCACCACUGACGAGGUGGCAACACAAACGUUAUGCGGGCUUUUGAAGGACAUCCACAGAGAAUACAUUUUGGAGAACUGGAACACGGAACAUUUGUACGAGAAAUAUCUUUCGAACACCGGUCUUGGCGUCCCGGGCUUCUUUGACGUGGGUGCAACGUCAAACUUUACGUCAUCAAACGUGAAAUCAUUUAAUGUAACGUCAUCAAAAGUUGCAUCAAACACUUUUGAGAAUCCAGCUGAAGCAUGUUCCACCAAAUCAGGACAGGCAGAAGAACAAAGUGUCAAGGCAGCAAAAAAGAACACAGAUUUAUCUAAGUCAUUAGAAAAAUGUGAUUUAGCGCGAAAGAAACAGACUGCUAAUACUGAUUCUGGUACGUCUGAAAACUCGGCGUCAGCAGUUCAUUCAACAAAACGCGAUGCUCCCGAAGAUUGUGUGAGAAGAACGCAUACAAAGGAUCAGAAUUCGUAUAAACAGUUCAAAAACGAUACGAAGGAGGACAUCGAUCAUGAAGAAAUUGAUAUAAAUAAAUUAGACAAAAGUGACGAUAAAAAUCAGAAUGGCGAAGGCUAUGCGACAGACCUACUCAAUGACCCAACGGAGAGACCUUUCACGAAGCUCCUUUCCCUGGACGAAAGAAUCGAUCUUUUGAUAGCUGGCGAAAGAAGGAAGGAGCGAGAAAUUGACGGGAGCAUUCACACGUCGAGCGGAAGCCUGCAGUCGUCGCACUCCAUGGAUCCGCCGUCCACGUUUACGUCGGUGACCUCACACACAUCCGGGGCAUCAGACUGGUACAACAAGCUCGCGUUAACCAGUCUGGAGACCGCAGCGAACGAUUACGUCACCAACAACGAGGUGUCACGUGACGCGACGAGUGACACGACAUCGUACUGGUGGGAUGUGGAGGAAAGAGGAUACGCAAACGAAGACGGUAUGCUGUCAGCGAUGUACGCCGACAACAUCCGUCGACGUGUACACGUGCAUUGUGACAACGCCUCUUCGUCAUACGACGAUCUCCGUCGACAGAGGAUCGCUAGUCACCUUAAAGCCGUCCAGCAAACUAGGUUUACAUCGGACAACUACCGCGAAAGAAUAACUACGUCAUCAGGUGAGGUCAUGGGAGGCUUCGACACUCCGCCGGAAGUGGGACCGCAGCGCCGUGUUCAUGUCGACGUCUCUGGUGCUUUGAGAAACAGAGACCAAUCGAAACAAGCUAGGGGAAACCAGAAGCCGGGUAAACCCCGUUUGUUUACAUUAGAGGACGCCAUAGACGCAACAUCUGAGGGCGAGGCUGACUUCCGGUAUAGCUACAAGCGUCCACGAGAUCAAGUGCUCAGUGUUCGAUGGGAGGACAUGUCGAUGACGGACGACGAUGAUCGCGGUCCGCUGUCAUGGAUCGAGCGCGAGCUAGGCGGAUUGGGGUCUCGUAGCAGCGGAAGUGAUACGAUAUCCGUGGAGUAUGCCGCUCAGAGCUUCGUCUGACCUUGAACACGUGUGACCAUCAGAUUGGCAGUGACACGAUAUCCUUUUAGCAUUGCGCUCAGGGCUUCCUCUGACCUUAGAACACACUAAUGACUAACUGUGGCAGUUACAAGAGAUUCUUCGAGUGUUGCGCUCAGAGUUUCGUCAGGCCUUGGAACGCACUGUUGACCAUCAGAAGCAGUGGCAUGAUAUACGACGAGUAUGGCGCUGAGAACUACGUCUGACCUUUGAACACACUGUUGACAACCAGCGGCAGUGACAAGAUAUCAGAGUGUGGCGCUCCGAGUUUUGUCUGUCAUUGAAAGUGUUGACAAACAGCGACAGUGAUAUUUGUGUACAUGUAGUUUGACGCUUAGAGCUCCGCCAGUCCUUGGAAUGCAUUGUUGGCCAUCAGAGCAGUAACAUGCUUUAUGAGAAUGGCGCUUAGAGUUACGUCUUACCUUUUGCAGUAUGGAGCUCAGAGCUUUGAAUGUAUUUGGUACGCAUUGUUAAUAACCAGCGGUAAUGACAUGCUGUCCGUAAAGUAUUGCGCUAAAGGUUUUGUCUUUCUUUAGAACGCACUGUUGACCAACAUAGCGGCAGUGAAACGAUAUCCGUGCUGCUCAGGGCUUCUGCUGACUUUGGAAUAACCUGUUGACCAACAGCGGCAGUGAAACGAUGUCUGUGCAGAAUGGCGUUCAGGCCUUCGUGGGACUGUCGAAUUCACUAUUGGUCAACAGAGCGGCAGUGACACAAUGUCCGUGCGCUAUGACGCCCAGAGCUUCGUCUGACUUUGGAAUACACGUUUGACCGAUAUUGCGGAAAUGACACGAUUUCCGUGCAGGGGUUUUAGUUUUUUACCGACUAAGAACAUGUACACAAUU